AUGGAGAAGUUACCCAUCACGAUUAUUUUACCGCUGUUGGUCGGGAUAAUUGCAGGUGUCCAAGGUCAGGCCGACCCCUGGGAUCAGGUGCCCAUCAUCCUGGCGAGAAUCAGUGAGCCAACGUUUCCCGACGUUACGUUCAACAUCUUGGAGUAUGGAGCGAUCCCAGCACCAAACCUGAACGAUGUAGAGGCACCCUUCAGCGUGGUAGAUGCAAAUACGAACGCUUUUAGAAAUGCGAUCGGGCUCGCCAACAUAUUCGGGGUGUGGGCAUGUCAUAGAGAUUCAGUUAACGGAAGCUUUUUUACCUCAGGUCCGAUCACCAUCCGAUCCAACGUCAACGUCCACCUCGCCACACGCGAGUCUAUUGUUCGCUUCACCCGCAACACGACGGCAUAUCCGCUCGUCUUCACGCGUUGGGAAGGUAUCGAGCUGAUCAACUACUCCCCGUUCGUGUACGCCUUCGAAGAGGAAAACAUCGCCCUCACAGCGGUUGGGCUACUGGACGGGAACUGCGACUGCGAGCAUUGGUGGCCCUGGAAAGGGACGUGGUACGCGCAGUGCUGGGAAACAACCCCGAUAAACCAAACCAUCGAUCGCGACGCUCUCUUCCAGAUGGCUGAAGACGACGUUCCCGUCGUCGACCGUGUCUUCGGCGAAGGCCACUACCUUCGACCGCAAUUCAUUCAACCGUACCGCUCGAAAAACGUGCUCAUCCAGGGCAUAACGAUCACCAACUCGCCCAUGUGGAUCGUCCACCCCGUCUUGUGUGAUAACGUCGUCGUUCGGGACGUCAACAUCACGAGCCUCGGACCCAACUCGGAUGGCGUCGACCCAGAAUCGUGCAAAGAUGUUUGGAUCUACAACGUCACCUUUAACAACGGCGAUGACGAUAUAGCCAUCAAAUCAGGGCGGAAUGCGGACGGUCGGCGGGUCAACGUUUCCAGUGAGAAUAUCGUUAUCCAAGAUUGUUCGAUGGAAGAAGGUCAUGGCGGUGUGACGUUAGGAUCGUGCAUCAGUGGCGGGGUGAAGAAGGUUUUUGCGGAACGGAUAUACCUCUCGAGCGAUAUGCUCGAUACGGCGAUCAGGGGUGGUCUUCUAGAAGGGUUUUAUCUCCGGGACAUCACCGUCGGAAGGGUUGGAAGACAGGUGAUUGAAGUCGACUUCUUCUACGAGGAGGGACCAAAUGCCGGAUUUGUGCCGGUCAUCAAGGAUUUUGUCAUACAGAAUUUGACGUUGUUGGAGUUCGCGCCAUAUACGUGCUACAUUCGGGGCUAUGAGGGACAUCCGAAUGCGAGCUUUGUGGGGUUGAGGUUGGAGAAUGCGACGUUCAAUGGGGUGGCGAAUGAUCCGCACUACGUCGUGGAGAAUGUGGAUGUGGUUGAGUUGGAGAAUGUUGUGGUGAAUGGGGCGGUGUGGGAGUGGGGAAAGUAAUGGGAAAUAAAGAAUUUUUUGAAUA